CGGUCCCGAUGGGAGAGAUCUGAUGAUGACACGGGAAGCAAAGCAGCUGUGCCCGAAUCCGCUUAGACCAGUGAGCAGAAUGAACACAUAAACAGACGAACACACCACGGCUGAUGCUCUCGCUUGGUUGUGUGCACACAGGCAAGGAGAUGAAGGUGACCCUUCUCGGGCCUGCCGACGGCUCCAGUGAGUGCCUGCUGCUCGACUUCAAUGGUCACCCACACAUGCACACACGCAUAGGAACACACACUCAUGGAUGUGCUCUCAUCCUCUGAGUGUCUGCGUGUGUGAUGGGAUGCAAUGUGCAGGUCUGACGGUGUUGUGCGAUGUGCCGCUGUAUUUGGCGGCCACGCUGCCGCACUUCAGGCCGCCACACUGCACUCAAGGCGCCAGCAAACAGCUCCUGCACAAAGACAUCAGGUAAGAAAACGUCUGUCUGCCUGUCUGUUGGGGUGUCUGUCUGGUGGAUGUGAUUGCCUCUCUCUCUCUCUCUCUGUGUGUGUGUGUGUGUGUGAUGCCUGAUUGCACGUCUGCAGGGUGUCUAUCGUGCCUCCGUUGGCUCAGCUGCCCACGUCCAUUGAUGUGAUCAUCGUCACCACAGCCAUGGGCAUCAGCGGCAUACCAUGGCUGGCAGAGGUCAGUCAGUCAGUCUACCAUAGAGCACACAGCACACCUAUUUCCUCAUACGUGUGCAUGUGUGUGUGCAGGUGGUAGAUCUGUCUGGCACAGUUGUGCUGGUGCCCCACGUGGCCCAGCAGCUGGCCAAGCUGGGACUCGUGUAAGCAGCCCUUGACACACAAACACACUCCUCCCUCCACCGCUACAACGGUGAGUGGAUGUGCCCGCCGAUUCAUUCCACUUCUUGAUUGCAGGGGUCUGGUGAGCGAGGCCCAUUUCCGCAACUCGGUCAUGGCUGUGGGCGAUGACGACCAAGCCGAUGAUGACGCUGACAUGAUGCAAAACGGAGAUGGUACGGGCACGUGCGCGUACAAACGUGCGGAUGGAUGUCGUUGUGUUGUGUGAGUGCAGAUGGCUGUGGUGGUGUUGCGUCAGUGCAUGUGGCGUACGCCAACGAGUGGAGUGACGUCAUGACGCCCUUCAGACUCACCAUGGACUCCGCCUCGCACAUAGAGGGGUAAAACACUGGGUAUCCCCCGCUCCCCUUUUACACACAACACACGUAUUUAUGUCUCUCCCUGUCUCUCUCAGUGACUCGGGGAUGAAUUCCCAUGGCGAGCACUACAAAGAACUGGACACGGCACUCGAACACACUGUCUGGUACGCACACACCUCAAUCCAUCCGUGUGCGUGUGUGUGUGUGUGUGUGCAUCGGCCCUGCCUGUCUGUCACUCAGGAGCUACCCCCGUCUGGUGGAGGGAUGGUUCCGCGACCCAAACAGGCUCCACGGCAAGACAUUGGCGCCCGGACUCAGAGGCACGGACACACACACGCGCGCACACACAUCCGUCGAUCGAGUGAUGCGUGUGUGUAUGGUGUGGCAGGUGUGUCGUACCACGAGAAGUGCGAGGUGGCCAAGGGGGGCCUGAAGAUCACACUCACGCCAUACAGCUCUGGGCUCUGUCUGGGGGGCACCCACUGGGUCAUCGAAGGUAGGAGGUGGAUCAGGGGCGUGGAUGGGUGCUCACGCCCCGUCACACACGAACACACAUAUGGGUCUAUGUGUGUGAACGUGGCUGCAGAGGCGUCCUCCCCGCUGCAAGAGCGAGUAUGGGUGGUCGGCCCGGCGGCAUAUCGAUGUGUGUACCCCGCACCACCACCAGCAGCAGCCACACAAGAGCAGCAGGUCUCUCUCUCUCUCUCUCUCUCUACACACACACACACACACACACUUGACCCCCAUCUAUGUGCCUGUCUGCAGCCUUCGGCAGCAGCAGCAGCAGCGACGUCAGGCGAUGUGCAGAUGAAGGAUGAGAACGGCCACAAGGACCAGGGGGACGACAACGAAGAGGGGAAGGACACCAGUGACGGCACUGACGGCCCCAAAGAGGAGAAGCCGCCCGAGCCUGUCGUCUUCACCAAGGAGAGACCUUUCAGAGGCUUCGAGGUGAGCUCGUGACGCAAGCAACAUCAUUGCUAAAGCAUCUACACACACACUUUUGUAUCUGAGCAUCCAUGUCGGUGUGUGUGUGUGUGGAUGGAUGUGAUGUGUGUAGGCCCCUCCUUAUCCCGGCAAGCAGGACGACGAGUCGACUUGGCACGGCGAGGCCGUCGUCAUGUACGGCUGUGUCGCAGAACACACACCCGACCAACAAGGUGAGCGCACGACACAUGGUGGUGAAUGUUGUAUGUGUGUGUUUGUUGGUGGCUGGUGCAGGUGGGGAUGGCGUGAGUGUGGCCAUGUGGGAGGUGUUGGAGAGUGUGUUGGCGACGGCCAAGAAGGGCGGCAACGUCCUCAUCCCCAUUGACUUCAACUGGAUGGUAUGCCGCCACAGAUCCCACACACACCUGGAGGGAUAUGCGUGUGUGUGGUGGGUGUCAGCUUGCCUUUGAGUUGCUUGAGCUGCUGCUCGUGGAGCUCUCACACGACCCCGCCAUCUGGUGCGUUUGUCUGUCGGGGAACACACACAUGCACACCCGUGCGGACUCGUUCGUUUCUGUGUGUGUGUGUGUGGUGCAGGGCGUCGGGCAGCUUCCCAGUGUUUUGUGUGGGCGAAGGAGUCAAGGAGGCCCUCCACGCAGCUGACCUCAGCUCAGAAUGGCUCAACGAGUCAGCCAGCCACGCCAUCCACACAAAGCAAAGACCCACAUAUAUGGCUGGCUGCAUCUCUGUGUGUCUGCGUGGCUGUCUGUGUGCAGGCAGCGUGUCCACCGCGCCCUGUCAUCCGAUGCCGUCAACCCGUUUGCCUUCGACCAGCUGCAGCAGCAGGGCAAACUCAUCGUCGCCGACUCCCUGCAGACACUGGGGUACCCCUACUCACACACACACACGUCCCUACACCCACGCACAUGUCCCAUGAUGUGUUGGUGCAGCGAUCGGUAUCGGGAGCCGUGUCUGAUGGUGACGUUUCACUCGUCUUUGCGGCUCGGCCCGGCGACCGAGCUGAUGCCCAGGUGGGCGGGCGACCCCAAGAACCUGCUCGUGUGCGUCGACCCCAUCAACACGCCCACACACCUCAAGACACCACCAACCACAGCGCAGGUACACACGCGACUCCCACCACACACACACACACACACACACAGGGACAGGUGCAUGGGUGUCUAAGUGGUAUGUGGAUCUGCGUGUGUGUGUGUGUGUGUAGGGUGCCGGUGGUGGUGGUGGUGGUGGGUCGGCCGGCCUGCGCGUCCCUGCAUGGCUGGCGCCGUAUGAGGACAUCGAUGGUGGCCUGCAGAUGCAAGUCCUUGACGCCCGCCGAGUCUUUGACUUCCGUGUGACGACAAACGAGGCGUCACAAGUGCUCAACAUAGCCAGGUGAGUGAGGAAAGACAGUGAGUGUGGUCACUGUGAAGCUGUCUGUCGUGAUUGGAGCCUGUCGUAUGAGUGAGUGUGUUGCAGGGCGCCGUAUGUGAUCGCCAGCCACAAGCUGAGAGGCUCCUCGAACACCACAGGAAUGUCGGCCUUCCUCUCGCCAGGAGAGCCGCUCCUUAUCCCACUUGGUAGGCAGGCUUGUGCACACGCAUCAUUGCCCCCCCCACCCCCCACCACAGUGAGUGAUCUCUGUCAUGUUAUGCGUCUCGUGUGCGUUGUUUGUGUCGCGUGCAGCGCCGCCCGCUGAUCCGUUCCGUCCUGCCAUGCUGACGACCACUUUGGCUGCCGACUUGGCGCCCAUCCCCAUCGACACGCUAGCCGGCCUGGCGGCCUGCCACGUACACGGCGAGAUAUCCCACACACAGCAGGACCUCUUCGUUCGCAAAAGGGACGCUCGGCCACCGCCACAGCAGCAGCAGCAGCAGCAAGGGGCGAAGGGGGAUGGCAUGGCCGCAAUGCCAUUGCUGUUCGGCAGGGUGGAUGUGACGAAGCUGCUGAAUGGGCUGGAGAAGUUGGGCGUGCGGACGGCUGAUGUGACCGUCACCGAGGAGACGACAGACCAACACCCAUCAGGCAUGUCGACUCCCACGAACAUACAGAGAGACACUCUGUGUGUGAGUGUGUGUGUGUGUGUGUCAUGGGUGCAGGUGAGCACCACAGUGGGUCGGCCUCGAAGGUGCUGCGUGUGGAGAUUCCUGCGUUGGAGGCGUUGGUGUGUGUGGGCGAGGGGGGCGGCUGCACUUGUGUGGAGGCCAUGGACGAGGAGGGGCGGGACAAGAUCAAGAAAGCCCUCAUGCUGCUGCUGGCACACGUGCCGCAGGGGGCUACUGGUGGCACAUGACUGACAGACACGUGUGCUGAUGAAUGGAUGGAUGUGCACAUGGAUGGUGUUGCAUUCACUCAGCGGGAUUUUGUCAGUCAGUGUUUCCACUGUGUGUGUGAGAAUGACUGACGGCAGGACUGUGCUCGAGACAGACGUGACGUGAUGCUCUCUCUCUCG